GGCAGUAACUACUUCCUGCAAAAUAGUGGCGUUAAAGCCAUACACACAAGCAACAAGCCGAGCUGCGGGUGCAUUAGGCUGGGACUGAAUGAAAGCGCCUAUUCCCCCUCAAAUUUAUCCACAACUUCAGGUGAAGAAUUUCGGGCAGGUGAGAAGAAUAUCUUGGUUCCUGGUUGCUGAGAGGAAUAUCUUUUCCAGGUGAAGGUCGGAGCCAUAGAGAGGAGCGUAGGCCAUGAGUGCAGAUGCCAAUCUGGGGGCGGUGACGACCCCUCCCCAGCCCUCCGCGGCCCACAAGGAGAGGUACUUCGACCGGAUUGAUGAGACCGACCCGGCGUACCUCCGCGCCCGGAACAUGUCCCCGGACCUGAGGCAGGACUUCAACAUGAUGGAGCAAAAGAAACGGGUCACCCUGAUCCUGCAGAGUCCGGCCUUCAGGGAGGAGCUGGAGGGCCUGAUCCAGGAGCAGCGGAGGAAGGGGAACGACCCGGCGGGCCUGCUGGCCCUGCGGCAGAUCGCAGACCUCUUCACCGCCGGCAGCGUCCCCGGCUCCUCCGCCCCGUCCGUCGGCCUGGGGAUAGCCUGUCCCAUCAAUGACAUGUUUGGGUUGGAGCUCUCCUCCCUGGUGAAAGGGGAGAGGCAGACUCGCUGCAAGCUGGCCUGCCUGUACCGGCUGGUGGACCUGUUCGGCUGGGCUCACUUCUCCAGCUCCUACAUCACCGUACGAGUCACUAAAGAGCAAGACCAUAUCCUCAUCAUUCCCAGGGGCUUGUCUUUUUCUGAAGCCACGGCAGCAAAUCUGGUGAAGGUGAACAUCCUGGGAGACGUGGUCGAACAGGGCUCCACCAACCUGAGCAUCGACCGCUUCGGGUUCAGCCCCCACUCCGCCGUCUACUCCACCCGCCCCGACGUGCGCUGCGUGGUCCACGUGCACACCCCCGCCACGGCCGCCGUGUCCUCUAUGAAGUGUGGCCUGCUGCCCAUCUCUCAGGAGGCCCUGAUCCUGGGGGAGGUGGCCUACUACAGCUACCAGGGCUGCCUGGAUGAGCCGGAGCAACGGGUGGAGCUGCAGAAGGCCCUGGGCCCCACCGCCAAGGUGCUGGUGCUGAGGAACCACGGUGUGCUGGCCCUGGGGGAGACGGUGGAGGAGGCCUUUCACUACAUCUACAACGCCCAGCUGGCCUGCGAGAUACAGGUGAACGCUUUGUCCUGCGCCGGCGGGGUGGAUAACCUGAUCGUGCUGGACGCGCUGCAGUACCAGCCCGUCACCCAGGGCGUGGCCGUGGGCGGAGUCAGCAUGGGCGGCCAGCACAAGUGGAAGGUGGGCGAGCUGGAGUUCGAGUCCCUCAUGAGAAUGCUGGACAACCUGGGCUACCGGACGGGGUACGCCUACAGGCACCCCAUCGUGCGGGAGAAGCCGCGGCACCGGAGCGAGGUGGAGAUCCCGGCCACGGUGACGGCGUACACGCUGGAGGAGCACGAGCCCGCCCCCCGCUCCCCGUUCGGCUUCCUGCCGCAGAAGCAGCAGCAGCGCGAGAAGACCCUCUGGCUCAACUCGCCCAACAGCUACACCAAGGUCAACGUGCCCGAGCCGUCCCACAACGGAGAGGCCAGCCCCCGCACCAAAACCACGUGGAUGAAGGCGGAGGACUUGGGCAACAGCAGCGGCACUCCAAUCAAAAUCGAGGACCCCAAUCAGUUUGUGCCUCUCAACACCAACCCCAGCGAGGUGCUGGCGAAGAGGAACAAGAUCCGAGAGCAGAACCGCUUCGACCUGAUGACGGCCGGGCCCUGCGCCCAGGUCCUCGCCGGCAUUGUGGUGGACAAGCCGGCAGCGCCCUACGUGAUGCCGGAUGAGGACCAGAUGGAGCCGCUCCCUCCCAACCCCUUCAGCCAGCUGACGGAGCGGGAGCUGGAGCAGUACAAGCAGCGGGUGGAGCGCCAGGAGCUCGGGAUCGAGGAUGAGGAUCAGGAGCUAACAUCUGAGGAUGUCUCCACCCUCUCACAGUCUGUCUCUCAACCGCAGUCUCCACAAAUAACCCCAGCUGCUGAAGAAAACCACGGCGACGGGCUCCUGAACGGCCGGGACUUCCUGCAGGACGUGGGGGAGGACCUGAGCAAGCGCCUGAGUCAGCUGACCACCAGCACGGCCGAGAGCCUGGAGGUGGCCAACGCGCCCGCCGACAAGACGGAGGAGCCGCUCACGCCCGAGGGCUCCCCCGCCAAGUCCCCCAGCAAGAAGAAGAAGCUCUUCCGCACCCCCUCCUUCCUCAAGAAAAGCAAAAAGAAGGAGAAGGUCGAGGCCUGAAAGGUGCCCUUAAAAAAAACAACAACAACAACAAAAAAAAAA